AUGCCUCAGGUCAGGCGAUACGUAGCUGAGCUGCACUCCGCAUAUCUCUUUAAGAGUGCGCCAGUGAAGGAUGUCCGUGAAUCCGUGCAAGAGCGAGAGGUCGCUGGCUUGCAGUCGUUCUUCCUCGUCGUGAAUCCGCGUGACGCCACAGACGAGGGCUUCCUUGGUGGCACAACUAUGGGUCGGGAAUUCUGGCGGGGCCACCGAGGGUGCGGCGCGGCAGGCGCGAGAGCGUUCCAAGCCCAGUGUAUGAGAAGCGCAGAUGGAAGUAUGCGUAACCCGGCGGUCGGAACGUCCACGGAUGCGCCAGCCGUGAUCAACAUCGCUUCACAGAAGAAAGGUCCUGCGAGCUCAUUGAAGGCCGAGGUGUAUGCGAGCAUCCGCAAUGCGAUCAGGGCUGCAUCUGGCAUUCGCAAUGCAGAAAUGAAGUGGAAGGAUCACUCUAAGCUGGACAUCUAUGGGAUCCGCCUGGAAGGCUGGCCACACGACGUGCCCAAGGAUAAUCCAUCCACCCUAUCUGUAGUGCAGAACAAAGAGGUACUCAAGGCGCUACAGAGCGGACGCAUGUCGUUUGUGCGCAUUGCAGGGAGCUCUGGGCAGACGACCCCUUCAAGCGGCAGUCAGCAGAGCCCCGAGAUCUCGGAUGAUUUCUCCUGGGCCUGUGGCUACCCGGACGAAGCAACACAUUCGCCUCAAGAUCAUGCGAUGCCGAGCACGAACUCUGGCUACUCGUCCAUGCCCAUGCCGUCAGCCACUGCCUGGGGAGAGGCUCAUGGCAACAUCGGAUGCCACAAUGACCCUGAACCGCUGCCAGACAGUCGUGGAUCCUCUUCUCCGAACAAGCGGAGACGCACAAACGACGACGCAGGCUAA